CCUGCCCGCAUUCAAGUUUCUUUCGUCUCUUGGAUUGGUUCGGAUCGUCUGGUGAGCCAACUGCUGAACGUCACUCCCAAGUCACCUUCUCCUCCUCCUCCUCAGAGAUCUCUGUUCUCUAUAAAUCCCUCCUCGGGCCAUCGCGGUUGCGAAGCCUUCCGUCGAUUAAUCUCGGUGCAAUUCAGAUGGCGCGGAAGAAGAUCAGAGAAUACGAUUCCAAGCGGCUUCUCAAGGAGCACCUCAAGAGACUCGCCGCGAUCGACCUCCGCAUCUGCUCUGCUCAGGUGACGGAGUCAACAGACUUCACAGAGUUAACGAACAAAGAACCAUGGCUUUCAUCCACAAGAUUGGUUGUGAAACCCGAUAUGUUGUUUGGGAAGCGUGGAAAGAGUGGCUUGGUGGCUUUGAAUUUGGAUCUAGCUCAAGUUUCUGAAUUUGUGAAAGCACGCUUUGGUGUCGAGGUGGAGAUGGGUAGUUGCAAGGCACCAAUAACAACAUUCAUUGUAGAGCCAUUCAUUCCACAUGACCAAGAAUAUUACCUUUCUAUAGUCUCUGAAAGGCUUGGUAGCACCAUUAGCUUCUCAGAGUGUGGCGGCAUUGAAAUUGAAGAGAAUUGGGAUAAGGUUAAGACUAUAUUCCUUCCAACUGAAAAACCAAUGACCCAGGAAGAAUGUGCUUCCCUGACUGCUACACUUCCCCUAGAGGUUCGAGCAAAAAUUGGUGACUUUAUACAAGGAGUGUUCACUGUAUUUCACGAUCUUGAUUUCAGUUUCCUAGAGAUGAAUCCAUUUACACUGGUGAAUGGCGAGCCAUAUCCAUUGGAUAUGAGGGGAGAAUUGGAUGAUACUGCUGCCUUCAAGAACUUUAAGAAGUGGGGUAAUAUUGAGUUUCCACUACCUUUUGGAAGAGUUUUGAGUCCUACUGAAAGCUUCAUUCACUCACUGGAUGAGAAGACAAGUGCUUCAUUGAAGUUCACUGUUUUGAACCCUAAAGGACGCAUCUGGACAAUGGUUGCUGGAGGUGGUGCUAGUGUUAUAUAUGCUGAUACAGUUGGAGAUUUGGGCUAUGCAUCAGAGCUUGGUAAUUAUGCAGAGUAUAGUGGAGCUCCAAAUGAAGAAGAAGUCUUGCAGUAUGCCAGAGUUGUUAUUGAUUGUGCUACUGCCAAUCCUGAUGGUCGUAAGAGAGCCCUUCUUAUUGGAGGGGGGAUUGCUAAUUUUACUGAUGUUGCUGCCACAUUCAAUGGGAUUAUUCAGGCUUUGCGGGAGAAGGAACCCAACUUAAAAGCAUCUAGGAUGCACAUCUAUGUCAGAAGAGGAGGACCCAACUAUCAGACUGGUUUGGAAAAGAUGCGUGGCUUGGGUGAGGAAUUGGGAGUUCCCCUUGAGGUUUAUGGGCCUGAGGCCACAAUGACUGGCAUUUGCAAGCAAGCAAUAGAUUGCAUCAUGUCUGCCGCAUGAGGCCAUCUUCAACCUUCAAGUUCAAUGCAUUUUGCUAUAGUAAUUUGGCGAAAGACCUUUUUGAAGGUGCAAGCUGGGUUGGGCUGUUGUAGACUACAAAACGUCAUUUUCUUUCUGUACAAUUUUGAAACAAAUUUCUUAAUAAAUGUAUUACACGAUUGUAGAGUCAUUGGAUCGAAUUUGUGUUUCAGCGACAAUCGCAUUACAAUUCAAUGAAUAACCAAUCGUAAAUGCAA